AUGAAGACCGUACAAUUCCCUGGAUUAACUGGCUCGAAGGCCUUCGUUCGGCCUCUAGCUUUGUCGGAUCUAGACAGCUGCGUGGAAGUCGAGAGCGCCUUUCCCGAGCAGGAACGCUGCUCAAGGGAAAAGUUCAUAUACCGCCUGACCAUAGAACUGGUCGGCCACGUGAUUGCCACACGAGUCCCCGGCAGUCGAGUGACGGAUGGAGCUAUGGAAAUGCCCGAACACUGGAGCGGAAGCCGUGACGUUGUCCAGGUAAACGGAGCGGUCAUUGGGAACGAUGUGAAUGGGCGUUUUGUCGGGGUGCACUCCCUGGCGAUUCGGACGGGGUACCAGGGCAAGGGACUAGGAAGGGCGCUGAUGGAUAAGUAUAUUGAAUAUGCUCGGACCGGUACUGAAUCGGCACAGAGUAUUGUGAUCAUAGCUCAUGAUCAUUUGAUUCGGUUCUAUGAGAGCUUUGGCUUCAAGAACCUGGGACCGAGUCCGUGUGCUUUUGGUCGUGGAGGGUGGUAUGAUAUGGAACUGAGUCUUUGA